GCCAAGAGCAUGGCCAAAUGUUGUCUAAUGGGACUAGAAAGAAUUUUCCUUCGAGAAAACUUCGUGAUCUAGGAAAUGAGAUGCCGCUAGUCGACCCGUAGCUUGUUAAAUCUAGUUAAGUCGUCCCAACAACAAGGAUGACAUGGCACAUUCGGUCCGUGAUAGCCCGGCUAACGGUAUAUAGAUCUGAUUAUGAUUGAUUUUAUCUUAUCGAUCGAUCAGAUAAUCGUCUAUCGUGAAGACCCAUUCUCGGGACUGUUCAAUUCUGGCCUUAGAGCGCCCCGACAGUACGUAAACGCCGGGAAACACCGUCCCUUGCUAUUGAAGCCAAGGCCGAUGAAGGAGAAUCCCGAAAUUUGAAAGACUUCAAGAUCAGUCAAUGAUACGAUAAUAUAAAGCUGAUCAUUUCUCGGCGUAAAAUUGGCGCCCUGAAUUUGGUUAUCGUCGUCCUUGUUGUCAUAUUAAUUGAAGCCAUCGUCAAGAUGACUGCGCCAGUCGAAGUUGUGAUGAAUCCCGAAGACGUGGUGAAGGACGUCGCCCAGACAGACGUUACGGAAGUGUCCCCGCCGCCAUCAACAUCAUCACCAUCGUCUCUGGACGAGAAACCGCAGCCGACAUGGCCUUGGAAAACCACUGCAGUCGUUCUACUAACACUUAUUCGGUUUGGUGGCGCCUGGAGUUCUGGCAUCACUGGUGCUAUGAAGUCAACAAUGAAGAAACAACUUCAUAUCAACAACACUCAAUAUGCACUUCUCGAGGCUAGUGAGGACUUCAUAGUCACCGUCCUAAUCCUGUUCAGCGGUCUCUUAACCGAUCGUUUCGGAGGUGUUGGUGUCAUUUUUUACGGUAAUCUCCUUUACUCGGCAGGGUCGAUUCUAGUCGCCGCCGCCGCUCAAGUGCGCUCAUUCAAAUUCAUGAUGGGAGCCAGAGUCAUCUUGGCCAUAGGCGAUAUCUCAACUCAAGUUGCCCAGUACCAAGUCUUUUCGUCUUGGUUUGCGCCGAAUAACGGAUUCGGCUCGACUCUCGGACUGGAACUUAUGGUUCAAAAGUUGGGAGCAUUGGCCGGCACCGGGUCUGCGAAUGUUAUUGCGGUCAAAACUGGAAAUUUCGCUUGGGUAUUCUGGAUUGCAGUAUUCAUCAACUUCUUCACAAACAUCAUUUCAGCCAUCUUUUUCUGGUUUAACAAGAAGACUAGCCACAAGUUCGGUCAUAGUAUUGAUCCCUCAACUGGCGAGAAGUUAGUCAAGAAAGCCAAGAAGUUGGAGCUUCGCAAGGUUCUCGAACUCCCGUGGACGUUUUGGGUCGUCAUGGCGUACUCCCUGUUUACUACAUCUACAGCAAUCAUCUUCAAGGGUAACGCGACAGAACUUGCCGAGAAGAGGUUCAAGAUUAGCGCGGUAACGGCUGGUUGGUAUUCUGCUGUAUUGCAGUAUGCUGGGUUUUUCUUGGUUCCCGUCGUUGGCGUGAUGCUUGACGUCUUGGGACAGCGGAUAACACUUAUGGCAUCUUCCGGAUUUGGAACCUUCAUCGCAAUGGCUCUAGUGAACUGGGCUUCAACCGUGAAGGGCACUGCGGCUGCGUUUGGUAUCUAUGCUAUUGCAUCUACUUACAGCCCAACCGUCAUCAUUGACAGCAUACGCGCUUCCAUAUGGCAACAGACCACUUUCGGUACUGCGUAUUCUUUGAAGAUCCUGAUGAAUAACUCAAUGAACAUCAUUGUAAGGAUAGUUGCCGGUCUCAUACAGGAUGCCGAUAACGAUUCAUACAACCGCGUAGUCAUUUUGUACGUAUGGUUGGCAGCAGCGUCUAUGGCCGUAUGUUGCGUCAUGAUAUUACUCACCUUCACUUCCGUGGACUUCGGUAGUCUUCAGUGGACCAGAAAGCAACGCAUUUCUAGAAAGGAUAUCCUGAUUCGACAGAAGGAAAUGUUCUUCAACGAGAAUGCGGCUAGGAAUAGGCUGAUAUCGAAAUCAUCCUUCGGUGCCCUAAUGGUAUUACUUUUGGGUGGUUGGAUAUGUUACAUCUGGGGGGCUGCAACCGGUCAUAACGAUUAAAAGGAUGAUGAUUACCUAGGUACUAGUAGGAACUGAAUUAGGUCAUUCAUUACCUAAGUACCUACCUACCUAAGUAAUGACCUAAUUACAAAACCAUGGGCUUUAAUGGGGUUCAAUGAGCUAUCCAUAGUUAUGUAGUAUAUAUACAAUUCUGCAC